GUAAGAGUUUGCUCCCUGCGAGAGAAUGGGCGUAUAACACGAAUGCCGUGUUUAAUGCCGGCCCACCUCCCAGCCAAUGACGUCCGUUGGGUUCGGAAUUACACACGGGGAAACAGAAGGAGCGAACGGGACAGGUGGGUGUAGUGGGGUUCACUAUUUGUCGCUCAUAGUGGGGGAAACCCCGCAUCGUCGGAGCACACCAGGCCAUUGUACAGCCUCCUACUGGAACUUCUGCUGCGAGCUUUCCCCCUCCUCCGGCUGAACACAAGAAUAGACCCAGAAUAGCCCAUUAUAGCUCAACCAAUUCAACCGGAAAGCCUCCUUUUAUAAAUUUAUUUCUUGUGCUCAUAUAUCCUGGUCAGACAGCUCACAGAGUUCAUAUACAAGCCUGCCACUUGAGGUGACCUGCAUAUUCAAUAUCUACGAAUCAUUGACCGCUCCCUGCCCUUUAUAGUCACCAUGUCUGCUCCUGAGCAUGUCCCAGAGGAGCCGAGAUAUAUCGAGUUUCCCUCCAUUCCCCAUGGUACUCUCAGGGAUGGAAAGCUGGUGUUGAACAGGUGGUCGGCCACCUUGACGAAGGACCAUGACUUCCCAGGAGCACAGGCUAUGCUUUACGCAGCCGGUGUGCCCAAUAGAGAGAUGAUGAAGACUGCUCCUCAUGUCGGCAUCUCUACAGUGUGGUGGGAAGGAAACCCGUGCAACAUGCACUUGCAUGACUUGGGAAAGGUUGUCAAGGCAUCAGUGAUCAAGCAGGACAUGCUGGCAUGGCAGUUCAACACAAUCGGUGUAUCCGAUGCUAUCACAAUGGGCGGCGAAGGAAUGCGCUUCUCCCUCCAAACUCGUGAAGUCAUCGCCGACUCCAUCGAAACCGUAACCUGCGCUCAGCACCACGACGCCAACAUCUCCAUCCCCGGCUGCGACAAGAACAUGCCCGGUGUCAUUAUGGCCGCCGCGCGCCACAACCGCCCCUUCCUAAUGAUCUACGGCGGAACCAUCAAGAAGGGCUUCUCCAAGCUCCUCAACAAGCCCAUUAACAUCAGCACCUGCUACGAAGCCUCCGGUGCAUUCACCUACGACAAGCUCCACGCCGCCGUCGACCCUGGCACCGAAGGCCGCACCCCCUCAGACGUAAUGGAUGACAUCGAGCAGCACGCCUGCCCCGGCGCUGGUGGCUGCGGAGGCAUGUACACCGCUAACACUAUGUCCACCGCCAUCGAAGCCAUGGGACUCUGUCUCCCCGGCUCCUCCUCCAACCCCGCCGAGUCCCCCGCCAAGAUGCGCGAGUGCGAGAAGGCGGCCGAGACAAUCAAGAUCUGCAUGGAGCAGAACAUCACUCCCCGCAAGCUUCUCACCAAAGAGUCCUUCGAGAACGCACUCGUCCUCACCAUGGCGCUCGGAGGCUCCACAAACGGCGUCCUUCACUUCCUCGCCAUGGCACGCACUGCCGAGGUGGAAUUGACCAUCGACGACAUCCAGCGCGUCUCCGACAAGAUUCCCUUCCUCGCCAACCUCGCACCUUCAGGCGAGUACUACAUGGAGGACCUCUACGACAUCGGCGGCACCCCCUCCGUCCUCAAGUACCUCAUCGCCGCCGGCCUGAUCAACGGCUCCAUCCCCACCGUCACCGGCAAGACCCUCGCCGAGAACCUCGUCUCCUUCCCCUCCCUCCCCCAAGACCAGGUCAUCAUCCGCCCCCUCGACAACCCCAUCAAGUCCUCCGGCCAUCUCCAGAUCCUGCGCGGUAACAUCGCCCCCGGCGGCGCCGUUGCCAAGAUUACUGGCAAGGAGGGUUUGGAAUUCACUGGUGCUGCUAGGGUGUUUGAUAAGGAGCACCAGCUUGAUGCGGCACUUAAUGCGGGCGCGAUUCCGAGGGGUGAUAACAUUGUUAUUAUUGUCCGUUAUGAGGGACCUAAGGGCGGGCCGGGUAUGCCUGAGCAGUUGAAGGCUUCGGCGGCGAUUAUGGGCGCCGGCCUGACGAAUGUGGCUUUGGUGACUGAUGGACGUUACAGCGGUGCUUCUCACGGCUUUAUCGUGGGACAUGUUGUUCCUGAGGCUGCGGUUGGCGGACCGAUCGCGGUUGUCCAGGAUGGCGAUAUGGUGACUAUUUCUGCCAAGACGAAUACGCUUAGCAUGGAUGUUCCUGAGGAGGAGAUUGCGAGGAGGCUGAAGGCGUGGAAGGCGCCGAAGAGUAAGGUUAAUAGGGGUGUGUUGGGGAAGUAUCAGAGGUUGGUUGGAGAUGCCAGCCAUGGUGCUAUGACGGAUUUGUUUUAAGAGCUAGAGUUUUGUGUGCAUGAAUAGAUGGGAUUUCUUUAUUAUAACUUUUUGCCAUAUGAACCAUCAAGACCACGAUCUCAAACUCGAAAUCCCCCGUCCGCAACAUAUACUGCUCCGCAGGCCCGGGACCACAACUCCCAC